ACAAACAGACAGCGAACGCUCGCCUUGACCCAAGCACAGUGUUUGGCGUCAUAUCAUCUUGCAAGCCCCGGCUACAACCAUGGAUAAGUCAUCAAGCAGGGGGGUGUACACUGUGGAUGGCACAGUGGUGGAGGCGGAUUUCACAGGACAAGACAUUAUUUUCGAGAAGGACAGGAAUGGCCAGGCAAUUAUGUUUCAGAUGUUCCAAGGUGUCCGAAACAGCAAUUUCUUCAAAUUCAGCAACCUGAAGGAAGUUCGAAACUUCAAGCUUCGCCCGGACGAUAUUUAUUUUCCGGGCUAUCCUCGAACGGGCAAUCACUGGACCUGGGAAAUGACUUGCAUGCUUCUCCAAGGCAAAGCUGAAACUAUCCCAAGGUUUAAGGACCAUCUGGAAAUAACCCCUCUUGACGACCUGAUCAAGCAGCCAUCGCCUCGGGUACUCAACUGCCACUUCUUCAUGUCACAAGCACCAACAGACCUGAAGGAGAAGAAGUGUCGGGUCAUCUACACCAUGCGGGAUCCCAAAGACGUGGCUGUGUCCGUGUACAAGAUCCACUUUGGUCGGUAUCAUCUGAACAAUGCCUACAAUGGAUCAUUCGAGGACUUCCUGCAGAUGUUCCUUGAGCAAAGAGUUGACAACAACGGUAUAUUUGACCAACUGAGAGAUGCGGAGAAGUAUUUCAGUGAAAAUCCUGCCAUACCAGUUCACUAUCAAAUUUAUGAGGAAUCACUAGAGGACCCAGUCGCGGCUGUACAGAAACUGUCGGACUUUUUAGGAUUCCCUAGAAAUGACGAUCUGUGCAGGUCCAUUGCAGAAAAGUGUCACAUGUCCAAGAUGAAGGUGGACAAAGAUGCCUAUGCUGUGAAAGUUGAUGGGGAAAGCUACCUAUUCUGGAAAGGUGUUUCUGGCGAGUGGAGGAACUGGUUCACGAAGGACAUGCUGGACGACUACUACCGUGUGUAUGAGGAAAAGAUGGCUGGGUCCAGAUUCUAUGAGCGAUACAGCAGAGCAAAUGAUAACUGAAGCCACUGAGGCUUAUGUUAAUGAUAACAAUGUUCCAAUGUUCAUAAAUACAUAUUUCAAACAUGAUGAAUUAAACUGCAUUGCGAUGUUGUUUGUCAAAGUAGACAGCAAACCGAGCAUAUCAUAUAUGCAGGUGAUGUAUUCAUUAAUUAUGUAUGUAAACUAUUCAAUCAUAUGAUUGAAUCUCAAUAUGUCCCAUACGAAUAUAGGAUUGGAAUGGUAAUAUCAAUAUACAAAGGUAAAAAUGAUUAAACCGACUCUCGAAACUACAGAGGUAUCACACUAACAUCUUGCCUUGGUAAAUUAUUUGAAAAGCUCUUGCUCAAAUGAAUUGAAAAUAUAUUGCUUAAAUCAAAUCCGGACUUUCCUGAUAAGUUACAAUUUGGAUUUCGAAAAGAGCAUGGGGCCAUAAUAUCUGUGUUUACUCUCAGGGAGACUAUACAAUACUAUAACCAUAGAGAUUCCCCUGUCUUUACAGCCUUUCUCGACAAUGCAAAAGCUUUCGACAGAAUUUGGCAUGAUGGUUUAUUCUAUAAGCUUCAUGAACUUGGUAUUAGAGGUAAUACAUGGAAACUGUUACAUCACUGUUACACCAAUAGCCAAUCAUUUGUUGCAUACCACGGCGAGAGGUCAGAUAUGUACUUGGUCAAACAAGGUGUUGGACAAGGGAGGGUUAUAUCCUCUUGUUUUUUUCUCAUUUUUAUUAAUGACCUAAUUACAUCUUUAAGAGAAGCUGGCUGUGGUAUCCGUGUCUUUGGUAUGGACGUUCCAACUGUCUUGCUUGCUGACGAUACUACACUCAUAAGCACAUCCCCUAAUGGCCUACAGGUAUCACUUGAUAUUGUCUCUUCAUACGCUUCUAAAUGGCGUCUAACAUAUAACCCAUCAAAAAGUACCAUCGUCGUUUUUAGCAAAAGAAAAGGCUAUGAUGUAAACGUCCACUGUAGCACUGUAACACCCCAAUCCCCUUAUCAGAAUCUACCGUAUAUUGGGGUGUACUCUUUACAAGUAACCUCACAACAAAAACUAGAAGUAAAAAGUAUUGUCAGAAAGCAAUACAGAAUGUAAACUCACUUAGAUCUAUUGGACUGAAUGAUUCUGGCCUACAUCCAAUCACUUGUGUUCAAAUAUGGCUCAGAAUGAUUCUUAAAACUAGUCUCUAUGGCUGUGAAGUAUAACCAAACAUCAAAGUCCAACAGGCUGACACCUUUGAACAAACACAAAGAUACUUUGCUCGUCUUGUGCAAGGUCUUGGUAAGAGGUCAUCAUCAAUAUCUACCAUUGCAAAUUUGGGAUUAUGGUCACUAACUGGGUAUAUCGAUAAAUGUAAACUACUAUUUCUUGGGCGACUAUGUAGCACUGAGUGUAACAACUUUGCAAAACAUAUCUUUUGUGCUGCUAUUACAACUUCAGUAAAAUCUAACAACAUCUGUGAUGAUCUUUUAUCAAUAUCUGAAAAGUAUAAUCUAAAUACAUUUGUUGACAAUUAUAUUGCUCAAGGCAUAUUUCCUCCAAAACGUGUAUGGAGAUGAAUUGUAAAUGCUACUGUACAUAGUUAUGAAUAACAAUUAUGGCGAUCACAAACUCUCUAUCGUUCAAACAUGUCAUUUUACGCAACAACUCAUACUACACUCUCUUAUCAUACUCUCUGGCAACUGGCAUAUAAACACCCUAAUUAUAUAUCUUCCUUGCAAUUUUGUGUCAAAAUAUUAUCAAGAGGUAAAUUCUCAAAAAAGUGUGCUCUUUGUAAUGAACAAACAUUUGACUAUGAUUUCCAUAUGCUUCUCCACUGUGAAAACUUAAUACAACAACGAAAUGAUUUCUUUGCAUACUUGAUAAACUUGAUGUUGAAACUUACGUAAUAUUUGAAAUGCAAGGUGAACAAGAUGUGUUGUCAUUUCUCUUCGGAGCAGAAAACGACUUUUAUAACUCUCUAGAUUCAACACAAUGGGAAACCAUACUGUUACGCUUUUCUUUGUAUGUAUAUGACCUGAAACCUCACCUUGUGAACUGUAAUACAGAAUGAUUCUCUUCAUGUCAUAAAUUUCUGUACAUAUGUC